ACGUCAAUGAUGUGAUAUCUGUCACGUCCUCAAAAAUGCAGAUCAUAUCAAAUAUAUGUUCUUCCUAGUAGCAAUAUCAUUAUAUUUCUGAUUUUUUUAAAUUAUUAUUAGUAAAAUAAAAGAGUAUAAUUUUUCUGUAAACACGUAUAUUGAUUUGUGUGUAAUGAAUAGUAUAACAUUAAUCAAUAGGCAUGAUGAAACUAUCGAUAGAACUUAUUUCAGCAACAAGAUUUACGUUUCUGGUGGCACGUAUAAGCUCACGAAGUGUGGUCGAUGUUAUCGAAAGUAGGAAACGUAUUUUACCGCAGUAGUUAUCAGUUCUAACCGUGACUGAGGAGGCGUACCAGUGAAUUUAAUCAUGAAAAUUGAACCCAGUGAAAACAUGUUUCGUACUUUAAUAUUGCUUACUCUACUUUUACCUUCUAUUGUGUACUGUAACUAUUUUCUGACAAACAAUGAGAAAAACGAUCAGUGCUUUUGUAAGUUGAAAGGAUCAAUUGAUGACUGUAGCUGUAGCGUAGAUACAGUGGAUUACUUUAAUAAUAUGAAGAUUUAUCCAAGACUUCAAAGUCUUCUAGUCAGAGAUUAUUUUCGCUUUUAUAAAGUAAAUUUAAAACAAGAAUGUCCCUUUUGGACUGAUGACAGUAAAUGUGCUAUGAGAUAUUGUCAUGUACAGCCUUGUCAAGAUGAAGAUAUUCCAGAUGGUCUGAAAGGAGAUGUACUUAGGAAUAUUCACUUUAAUGAAAGUCCUGUAGAUAAAUAUAAACCUAUAAAUCAGUUUAAUGAUUGCCUAUACAGUGCUAAAGAUCAUAAUAAGGAACUUGGUUAUUUAAACACAACAAUUAGCUCAGAAAAUUACAAAGAUUUUGAACUAUGGCAACAGUAUGAUGAUGCUCAAGAUAAUUUCUGUGUGAAAGAGUCAAGUCCUGGAGAAUAUGUAAACCUUUUACUUAAUCCUGAAAGGUAUACAGGCUAUAAAGGACCUAGUGCACACAGAAUAUGGCGUAGUAUUUACAUGGAAAAUUGUUUUAGACCUGAAAAUUCACCACAUAAUUUCAUUCAGUCUUCAAAAAUAAAUGGAAUGUGUUUGGAAAAAAGAGUAUUUUAUCGCGUUAUAUCAGGUCUUCAUGCUAGUAUUAAUAUUCACUUAUGCGCAAAGUAUUUACUAUCUCCAAAAGAUAGUUUAGCAAUAGUACCUACUGGCCAGUGGGGUCCUAAUUUACAAGAGUUUCAGAACAGAUUUUCUCCAGAAACAACUGGAAGUGAAGGUCCAAACUGGUUAAAAAAUUUAUAUUUUACUUAUCUACUUGAAUUAAGAGCCUUGGCUAAAGCUGCACCAUAUUUAGAAAGAGAAGAAUAUUACACUGGUAACAGAGUACACGAUAACGAUACUCGCUUAGCAAUAAAUGAUAUUCUAGCUGUUGUUAAAUCAUUUCCAGAACAUUUUAAUGAAAGCGUUAUGUUUACUGGCGGAGCAGAAGCUCUGUUGUUAAAAGAACAAUUUAGACAACAUUUUAGAAAUAUAUCUCGUAUUAUGGAUUGUGUAGGGUGCGACAAAUGUAAACUUUGGGGAAAGCUUCAAACGCAUGGUUUGGGUACAGCAUUAAAAAUUUUGUUCUCGGGAAAAUUUGACAGAUGGGAACCGACAUUAAAUCACUUCAACAAGAAGACAUUUUUCUUAGAAAGAAGUGAAAUCGUUGCUCUUAUAAAUGCUUUUGGAAGAUUGUCGGAAAGUAUCUUUGAAUUGGAUAGAUUUAGACAAAUGUUGAGAUAGUAAAGCAGUAAUUACGAAUGAACUAAUUAAGUUAAUGCAGUAAAAUACAUCACACAAAUAAAUUUGUAUAUGAAUUAUACAUAAGUAAGUUUGUCGAGCAGCUGAUUUAUAUAAGCUAUAAAUUAUUUACAAUUCUUACAUCAUUUAUUAAAGGUACGAUAUAAAGUCGCAAUAAAAAUUGCUACAAUUUAUGGGUAAUUGAGUUUUACAUUCUUUGUAAACAUUAGAUUUCUAACAAAUUUUGUUAAACUUUUAUUGCGAUUUUAAGGGUAAUUUAAACUCCAUCUGUGAUAAAUAUUUUGUCUAUGGAAAAAAUUUUCAUACCAACCCUGAAAGUAGCACAUAUAGAAUUAUAAUUUUUAAUAACAUUUUAUUGUUAUUUAUAAAAUUAGUAAAUUGUUUCAAUUUAUAUUCGUGCUACUUCCGUAAAUAUGUCAACUUUAGAAAAUCGUAGCUUGUUGGUAAAUUAACUUUCGUUGAAAGAGGCAGUUGUUACUCAGUGUAGCUGAUCCGUUAUAUUGUACAUAACAAUCAGUUUAAUUAAGAAUGUUUAAAGAAAAGAAAUUGUGAAUCGUUCUGUUCGACAGUUUAUUAUAAGAUAAAUUAUAAACAAUCGUCCAGGGUGAACCAUUUUUGUAUAAUACUACGUAUUUUUUUUAAGAACCUUCUAUUUCAAGUAUUUUGUAUUAUUGCGAUAAAGAAAGUAGCGUAAAGUUUUACAUUAUUUUCCGAUAAAUUUAUAUACAAAAAUAAAGAAACCAGUGUACUCGUAUUUCCAUACAGUAGUAAUAAUUUAUAAAAUAUCUAAUGUUACUGUAUAUACAUGUAAACCUUAUUUAUUGUCGCCAAAUUAUAUUGAUGAAGUAUUAAAUAAACACAUUUGGUUUACUUUUCAAAUUAAA